AGAAACUUCGAGUGUUCUCUCGAAAGUUCUCGACCUUUCCACCACGGACUAUAAAUUACCCUGCGCAUCAUUGCACUUCAGCAUUCACGGAAGACGAUUUCGAGAGUUCGCGAACACCAUUAAUCUACAUUUUUUUUAAGCAAUUCCAGAAAAGAAUCACAAUGUCUCUGAUUCCCAGCUUCUUCGGCAGGAGAUCCAGCGUGUUCGAUCCAUUUUCUCUUGAUGUGUGGGAUCCUUUGGGAGAUUUCAACUUCUCGUUUAACAGGGAUAUGGUUCGUUCUUCAGAAUUUGCAAGGGAUGCAGCAGCUGUAGCCAAUACACAAAUUGAUUGGAAGGAGACUGCCGAUGCUCAUAUUUUCAAGGCUGAUCUGCCAGGGUUGAAGAAAGAGGAAGUGAAAAUAGAAGUGGAGGACGGACAAAUCCUGCAGAUAAGCGGGGAGCGCAACAAAGAAGAGGAGAAAAAUAAUGACAAAUAUCACCGAGUGGAACGCUCGCACGGCAAAUUCCUGCGGCGAUUCAGGCUGCCAGAGAAUGCAAAGGUGGAGGAAGUGAAAGCUGCCAUGGAAAAUGGAGUGCUGACUGUGACGGUGCCAAAGCAACACGAGCCCAAACCGAAGGUCAAAUCCAUUGAGAUAUCUGGCUGAUUUGCGAAAAUAGUACAUAUUUCCAGUGAAAUGUAAAUUGAGUCAUCUGUUAAAUAGCGUUAGUGCAGUAAUGUCUGUACCUUUCGGGUUUUCCUUAUAAAAUAAUAAUAUAAACUGUUUGUUUUCUUA